CCCCCCUCUCUCUCUUCUGUCACUGGUAAGUUAUUGUCACCAAUCACGCGUGUGACAGGAUAUAAAAGCAAUAGCAUUGUAUGGGUAGUCAAAGCAUUUCAAAGUCGCCCCAUCACAGUGUCACUACAACGGGAACCGGUGAUUUUUUACUCUACUUCUUCUUCUGUUUUUUAGUGCAUCUUUCGUCGAAGUCCGUACCUCAUCAAAGUUAAUCGCCCACAUAGUGUAAAACACCACCACACACACAAUCCACACGAUGCAGUCGUCAACAGUAGUUACCUUGGCAACGUGUCUGAUCAUCGCCACAAUUGUAACAGAGUCAGCCAGCGCAUUAGCCUUCCAAGGUUCUCAAGACAGAGCGAAAAGAUUGUUCUGGGUGGACAAAAAGAGUGUGAAUGAAGAUACAACAGUUUGCGUCAGAGCUUCUUCAGCGGACGAUAUAGCUGAGUGUUUCAUCACGGAGUGCAUUAAACAUCAGAUCAACUGCGAGAUGAUCUGCGGAAGUGACAGCGAACCGUGCCAUUCUCUUUGCAAAGCCAAGAAGUCCGAUUGCGCCAUCAACUGCCUAGAAAGGGAACAACAAUCCAUGAGCCAAUGAGGACAGCCGACCUAUCAGCAGAUGGCUACAAAGUGAACAGGCUGUACAAUUCUGACCAAUAAAAAUCCUCGACCCACUAAAACCUCAAUGUCUUGACCUGACCUUUGACCGGAAAAUGAUUUUUCCUUCCAUUGUUUUUCCGGGUGGGUUGGAAACAAAUCUUCUUGUUUUUUUUGUUGUUGAAUCCAGACUGAUAAUUAAUUUAUCAAUCCUUGAACGAACUUGAUUUCUUUCUUUUUUGAAAAUGUUGUUGUUUAAUCAAAUGGUUUAUAAAACAACACAUCAAGAAGGAGAUAACACAAUAAUUAAAUAUCUACGAAUAAGCAACAUAGUUUUAAUUACUUUAAAAUACUAGUUUCUUUGAUUUAACAACACGUUUUAAAGGGAAUGCUAACUAUCUGACCGAAUCAGAAUCAAUUACAAAAUGUUCAGAAGUUUAUAUUACAGACUUGAAUAUACAAAAAUAUGUAUUUUUUUUCUCCACGUAAAAUCCUCGUGGAUUUAUGUUUGAAGAAGACUCGUCUAAUUUUAAAACAAUAUUGAUAUAAACAUUUAUUGUAAAUAUAAUUGUUGAAUAAUGCACAGGAAAAGUCAACAUUGUGAAAGUAAGGCAGUUUUUAAGUGAUCGUUUAUGCAAAUAAGACAGGAGUAGUACACACCGGAAUUAAACAACUUGGUUCCGAGAUUCACAUUUUAGAAGCUUGUGAUGAAAAUAGCGCCGCCAACAGACAGAGAGAGUAGAAACAAAAAAGACAAAAAGCGGGUCAGAGUUCUUAAAAAUUAUUUUGUAUAUAUCCAAGAGGUUGAAGUGAAGCAUCAUUAGACCUUAUGCGCAUGACGUCACUUGAGAAGGGCGCCAUCUCGCGUAGAGAUUAAAAUGAGGUUCUUGUUAAUAUUGACCUGUACAAGUCCGUACGCUAUUGUUUCACCAUCGGUUUACCUCUAAAGAUGGCGGUUGGAUGACGUCAGUGCAUCAGGUCUAUUGAUAUGAUAUUACUAAAAUAUCAACCAUUGAUUGUCGGUUUAAAACAAUAAAAAAGCCGAUACACCAUGGAGAUACACAAAGCUACUUUAGGACGCUUUAUAUUUACUUAGCCGAGAACCGGCAUAAAUAUAAUAUGGCAUAUUUUUUGCCGGAAAGACAAGAUAUUGUUAAAUAAAGCUUUAAUGCUAUGCCAAAGAAACGUAUACGCCAAACACUCUCAUAAUUGAGUCCCUGCAGCACCUUGUUCGCAAACCAUAACGGGUGAUGAUACCAUCAUGGCCGCCUGGAGGCGCCCUGCAAAAAAACAUUGGAAAAAAACAUUUACACAACCGUCUCAAAUUGUUGGGGAAUAAAACUCAUCGACCAACGCAUUUUUUAAGCACCCUACUUUUUUGCACUAUUUAAAUAAGCUUACAUACACGUUGCAUGUACUAUGAACAUUGUUGCCAGUUGUUUUUUAAACAGGUUAACUGAAUGCAAACUAUUGGGACGAACAGAGGGUGUACAUUGGAUGCAACAUUGAAGCCACUAGGUCGCCAUGUUUAAACUCUGCUCAGCAGGAGCACAUUACAACUGUGCUAAUAAUAAUCGGGAAUUAUAUCUCCAGUAAAUAUCAUUUACACGUACAGUUGAGUGGUAAAAAUAAUGGCGACUCAACGUGGCUUCACUCAGUUUGUGAUCUUGGUAACCCCUCCACUAAUAGUCGGUAUGGGGUUGUGAUUAUUACACUGUAAUUACUGUUAAUUAUUUAAUGAUAGACUUAUUUAAUUAGGCCUAUACAUCAAAUCAAAACAUAUUUGCUGGAUUUUGUCAAUCAUAGACGAGAAGUUAUGGCAAAACUCGGUCAGAUAAACAGAUUACUUGUUCGAUCACAAUCUAAGUUGACCAUUGACUUUUCCACACCACAACAACCACAUUAGUAAACGGCCAAAAUGACAUUCCUUUCCGUAAAGCCGUGAAUUUAAAGCAUUUUCGGCUCACUCGCAAUAGUGGAAUACCUGUUCAUUACGUAACUUGCCUCUUUUAAAAAUGUGCAAGUUGUCUCACGAGUCAAUUUGCAUAACAAUUGGAGGCAAUCAUUUUGCACUACACGCCAUCGCACACGAAAUAUUUUCAGCCAGAGUCUUGAAACUGGAAAUGUGGAUGUUAUUUUCUUCUUGGAGAGUGCAUGGGACUGGUUUGCCUGUAAAUAACCCGUGUGGAGUAGAUGCUCACUGUUAGUAGAGUUGCGUUGAAGGUAAAAAUGUAAAAGUAGACACUAAUUUGCACAAUUUAUUUAUGACUAUAGAUUUGAAUAAAAUGUACUGUUAUUCCCAAUUACAUUAUUGACAAUGUAAACAGAAUCUGACCAUUUUCGUGUUCACUGUGUGGGAACACCUCUCUGUUAUUCAAUUUAACAUUUAUUUCUAAAUUAAUUAAUACCACUAAUUAGACUGAGCUCCUUUUAACAGUGAGUAUUAGCUCAAUUUUGAGGGAGGAUACAUUACGUACUUUCUUUGAUUUGCGAAAUAAAAAUGAGACCUAUUGUUAAAAAAGUAUUUAAAAAAAAACAAUUUGCCUUCGAGGUUGAUGUCAGUUUAAAAUCGUAGUUGAUUCCCCCUGUUUUACAUCAGUUACUUAAAUUACAUACGAAUCGUAAAUAAUAUUGUGUUUUACAAUAAAAUUAUGCUGUAGCUAUUCAAAAUGA